GUCCGCCGAGCCAUGUCGUUGAGCCCCAAGCACACGACGCCCUUCUCCGUGUCCGACAUCCUGAGCCCCAUCGAGGAGACCUACAAGAAGUUCGGCGGCGCCAUGGACGGCGCGCCGCCCGGCCUGGGGGCGCCCCUGGGGGCCGCGGCCGCCGCCGCCUACCGCACGCCGCCGCUCGGCCCCUCCUCGCAGGCGGCGGCGGUGGCGGGCAUGCAGCCGCCGCACGCCAUGGCGGGCCACAACGCUGCGGCGGCGGCGGCGGCGGCCGCAGCCGCGGCCGCGGCGGCCGCCACCUAUCACAUGCCGCCGGGCGUCUCGCAGUUCCCGCACGGCGCCAUGGGCGGCUACUGCAACGGCGGCCUGGGCAACGUGGGCGAGCUGCCCGCCUACACCGACGGCAUGCGGGGCGGCGCGGCCGCCGCGGCCACCGGCUGGUACGGCGCCAACCCGGACCCGCGCUACUCGUCAAUCUCCAGGUUCAUGGGGCCAUCCGCGGGCGUGAACGUGGCCGGCAUGGGGUCGCUGACGGGCAUCGCGGACGCAGCCAAGACCUUGGCGCCGUUGCACGCGGCGGCGGCGGCGCCGCGAAGGAAGCGCCGCGUGCUCUUCUCGCAAGCGCAGGUCUACGAGCUGGAGCGGCGCUUCAAGCAGCAGAAGUACCUGUCGGCGCCCGAGCGCGAGCACCUGGCCAGCAUGAUCCACCUGACGCCCACGCAGGUCAAGAUCUGGUUCCAGAACCACCGCUACAAGAUGAAGCGGCAGGCCAAGGACAAGGCGGCGCAACAGCUGCAGCAGGAGGGCGGCCUGGGGCCGCCGCCGCCGCCGCCACCGUCCCCGCGCCGCGUGGCGGUGCCCGUGCUGGUCAAGGACGGCAAGCCGUGCCAGAACGGUGCCGGCACUCCGACACCCGGCCAGGCCGGACCGCAGCCGCCGGCCCCGACGCCGGCGCCCGAGCUCGAAGAGCUGUCGCCCAGCCCGCCAGCGCUGCACGGCCCGGGAGGCGGUCUGGCGGCCCUGGACGCGGCGGCAGGGGACUACGGCGGCGGCGUGCUCGGCGCCAACCUGCUCUAUGGCAGGACGUGGUGA